CACACAGGCACGGCCCUUACCAAACAGUCUCUCUCUCUCUCUCUCCCUCCUUCCAAGAUGGACCGAUCCACUCUUUUCACUGUCUUCCUUCUCUCUCUUCUAUCCUCUACGGUGGUCUAUGCCGUGAAACUGAAGGAGGGCAACGACGAAGAUCUUCUGAUCCGUCAGGUCGUGUCGGAAGGAGACGAUCAUAUUCUCAACGCCGAGCACCACUUCACCAGCUUCAAGCAGAAGUUUGGGAAGACCUAUGCUACCCCGGAGGAGCACGAUUACCGCUUCAACGUCUUCAAGGCUAAUCUUCGCCGAGCAAGGAGGCACCAGAAGCUUGACCCUAGCGCCGUUCAUGGAGUCACUAAGUUUUCCGAUCUGACUCCCGGUGAAUUCCACCGGACUUCUCUCGGCCUCAAGCCUCUCCGCCUACCUACCGACGCUCAGAAGGCUCCGAUCCUUCCGACUAACGAUCUUCCCGCCGACUUCGACUGGCGCGAUCAUGGCGCCGUCACGGAGGUCAAGAACCAGGGUUCUUGCGGAUCGUGCUGGUCGUUUAGUACCACGGGGGCACUGGAGGGAGCUCAUUUUCUGGCCACCGGGGAGCUCGUUAGCUUGAGUGAGCAACAGCUUGUGGAUUGCGACCACGAGUGCGAUCCAGAAGAACAGGGUUCUUGUGACGCAGGCUGUAAUGGUGGGCUGAUGACUAAUGCCUAUGAGUACACAGUCAAGGCCGGUGGUCUUCAGCGUGAGGUGGACUAUCCCUACACUGGGUCUGAUCGUGGUACCUGCAAGUUUGACAAGACCAAGGUUGUCGCAUCUGUAUCUAACUUCAGCGUUGUCUCUCUUGAUGAAGACCAGAUCGCUGCCAAUUUGGUGAAGAAUGGCCCCCUUUCAAUUGGUAUCAAUGCGGUUUUCAUGCAGACAUACAUAGGAGGAGUUUCAUGCCCAUACAUCUGCGGAAGGCAUCUGGAUCACGGGGUGCUUUUGGUGGGUUAUGGGGCUGAAGGUUACUCUCAGAUCAGGUUCAAAAAUAAGCCAUACUGGAUCAUAAAGAAUUCAUGGGGACAGAACUGGGGAGAGGACGGAUAUUACAAAAUCUGCAGGGGUCACAACGUGUGUGGGGUGGACUCUAUGGUCUCUACCGUAGCUGCUCUGAACAUGAAUCAAGCAUAAAGUUCGUAGAUCCUUAAGUUACCUUAGUACUUAGUAGUAAUGUGCUACCGCACCAAAUGGGUUAUGUAAAUAUAUAUAGUCAUGCCUUUUAAGACGGCUUUUAUUUCUUUAUUCUCUCUAUCAGGAGAGGGAACUCUUCAUGUUAUAAAAUAUUUGCCGAACGAAACUGUUGUAUAUUUGUUCCUUUGUGAACAUUUGAUCAUUAUCUAGAACUAUUAUUAAUGUAAAGGCUUAUAAGAA